UGAAUGUUUUUUCUACACAUACGUGAAAGACUCGAGCAAGCGUCUGCGUCAAUACAUUUACUUUUUGUUUACGUUUAUUGAAAUCAAGCGUUCCUCAAUUAAACCAAUUUCUGGAUAUGAUUGAUUAAGGUAACGGCAGUGCAUCAAACCACUUUGGAGAAGAAACAUGUAUCAGUAAACGUCAAUAGUUUACUGGUGUUGGACUUUGUGUUGAACAAAGAGUAUAGUCAGACAUGGAAGAACGGGACACCGUAGCCAUCCUGCCCACGGAUAACCUUACAUCCUCGGACGAUGAAAUCACAAAUUCUUCACCGAACGAAGAGGUAGAGAUUCAGAGAAAUAGUUGCAGACGUCCUCCAUUUGCCUGUCCUUUCGGCCUGUCUGUUGAGCCAGUCUUAUUUCUUGCCAUGUUCUCGAUAGCUCUCCAAGCCCCUCUGUCCACUCAAUAUUUAUGGGAGCGCAUCAGCGAGGAUCUGGGAUACAACGGUACCAAGGGCGGGGGGUGCGGCAAUACCUCGGCGGACCCAGACCCUCUUCAAAAGGAGGUGGAGACCCUGACUGCCCACUGGAACCUGUACAUUAACCUGGGGGGCUUUGCAGUAGGAGCGGUGGUGACGACCCUCCUCGGCUCAUGGAGUGACCAAGCCGGCCGGAGACCUGUCCUCAUCCUGCCCAGCAUGGGCCUGGCUCUGCAGACGGUAGUGUACCUGGUGGUGAUGUACCAGAAGUUGCCCGUGGCCUACUUCCUUCUGGGGCGGCUUUUAAGCGGCCUCUCUGGGGACUUCAACUCCAUCCUGGCCGGCUGCUUCUCGUACGUGGCCGACACCAGUGACCGAAGGUCGCGUACGUUCCGGGUGGCGGUGCUGGAGGCGUGCCUCGGCCUGGCGGGAAUGUUCGCCAGCAUCAUCGGCGGGCAGUGGCGCCGGGCCCAGGGGUACAUCAACCCUUUCUGGCUGGUGCUAGCCACCAACCUGGCAGCCGGCCUGUACGCCUACCUGUUUGUCCCCGAGUCUGUGACGCUAGACCCCAGUGCAAAGCUCCUCACCGCCCGCCACCACCGGGCCAUCUACCGCCUCUACUCCGGGAGCGGUGGCGGGGGGGAGGGGGGAGGAGGAGGAGGAGGAGGAGGAGGAGGGGGGGGCGGGGCCUGGGCCUGGCGGCGGAGGCUCUGGCUCUACACGCUGUGCUUCUUCCUGGUGGUGACGGUGCACUUCGGCAGCAGGGAGCUCUACGUGCUCUACGAGCUGAGCGCCCCCCUGUGCUGGGGCCCCGCGCUGAUCGGCUACGGCUCGGCGGCCCAGCACCUGGGCUACCUGAGCAGCCUGCUGGGCCUGAGGCUCCUGCAGCUGUGCGUGGUCGACUCCUGGGUGGCCGUCGCCGGGCUGGCCUCCAACGUGGUCGGGCUGGCGGUGAUCGCCUUCGCCGACAACACAAAGCUCAUGUUUACGGGUUAUGGCCUGUGUUUCCUCUACAUGGCUGCCACCCCGGUGCUCAGGUCCAAGCUCUCCAAGCUAGUUGGCCCAUCAGAACAAGGUGCCCUGUUUGCCUCGGUUGCCUGUGUGGAGGGUUUGUCGUCUCUGGUGGCCAGCGGCCUCUUCAACUCCAUCUACCCAGCCACGCUGCACCUCCUCAAGGGCUUCCCCUUCCUCUUCGGUGCCAUCCUCCUGCUCAUCCCUGCUGGAGUCAUCGGGAGCCUGGAGUGUCUGGACGAAAGAAGAGAGAACAGAGACGCCAGGGAAUCUUAACAGAGAGCCAAAGUCCACCAGUAUAUCUGAUCAUUGACCCACAGUCUCAGCGUGGAUGUCAGUGCACUUGCAUACCACUAUGACGUCUGGGGGGGGGGGAUUUGAGCUGCAGAUUCAUUGAUUUUCCUACAUAUCAAACCAAAGAAAAUCAAACUAAACUAGCAAUAAUCUUUUUUUAAACUAAAUGUGAAUAGGUUUUGGUGAGAUCAUUGCUGAUUUAAAUAUUAACCCCAAGAGCAAUAUGUUCCUUUUUAAUUAUAUCAAGACAAUGCAAAAAACGGUGCAAACGUGAAGCCUAAAGCUGCUUUCUUUGAAUGUAAAGGGACUUGGUGAGAUUGAGUUAUACUAUUGAUACAAUAUAACACUGGAGGUGUCAUAGCAGAUUGAUGGGCACGAGUGUGUGGGCACACAUUUCAUGUGUGUUUGAGUCUGACCAUCAGUUAGCUAAAUAACUAAACCAGGGGGAUUUAAAUGCUAAGUAGCAUAAGCACCAUUCAGGGAUUACCAAAUUACAUCUGAAGCUCCCUCCAAAUGAAACGGAUAGUUCAGAGCAAAUUCCCCGUGGAGUCCUGAUUGCUCCAACACCAAGUAUCGGAUAGCCCUGGAGCACAAGGGGUGCAUAGCAGACAUGUGAAGAGCACAGUGUUAGGGCGGAGGCUAACUAAAGUAGGGGAACUAAUAUGUGGUUGUCUGAAUACUUUUUUUCACAAUUUUAGGCGACUAACAUGUUUUGUCAAAUGUAUCUGUGGGAUUUGCCAAAGUUAAUCUUCAUAUUAUUAAUAGAACCUUAAUUCUAAUGUGAAUGUAUGCACUUUUUUUUUGUACAUUGUACAACCAGAUUUUGUAUAAGCUAUGCAAUUGUUCAGCCAAACAUUUUAUUGUGAUUUAGUUCAACAUUUGAUGAGAUGAAUAGAGAUCUGUAUGAAACUGCACAGGCACAUAUUGUAAAGCAUUGCAAUAAAACUUUAUUUUGUAUCUUA